AUGUCCGACUCAACCCUCUACCUGUACACCUCGCUCACUGCGGGGUCUUCGCACAUCAUCACUGCAACUUCCCGCAUAGAAACUAUUCUCAAGGCGAACAAGCUCCCUUUCCGAGCCAUUGACGUCGCCACAGACGAGGCUGCCCGCAAACUGUGGGGUCGUCGUUCCAAGGGCAAGAAGUUGCCCGGUUUGGUCAAGUAUGGCAACAUCGUCGGAGACUUGGAAGAAGUUGAAGAAUGGAACGAGUUCGGCGAGCUGCGCAUGGUGAUUAACAGCGCUCCAGACCUGGACGGCAUGCCGGCUACCAGCUACCCGAUCGCCGCGACCGAAGUACCCUCCACACCCAAGGAGCCCGAACCCAAGACCCCCAAGCCCUCUACGAUCAAGAUCCAGUCCCCGCCGGCGAAGACCAAGCCCGAAGAAGAGAAGAAAGACGAGACAGCUGUUCUAGCCCUGCGACAAGCCAGCGCCGAGGCCGCAUCCAAAGCGAAAAACAAGACAGACGACAAGAAGGACGCGACCACAGAGCCCGGGUCUGAGGAGGUCCAAUCCACGAGUCCCACUACCAGGCAGCGCAAAAGCUCCGUCGCGCCUGAAAUGCCCGAGGCAGUGCCGGAAUCACCCAAGGGAGCUAAGAGACCCCCUCUUCAGUAUCCUGAAGUCGCGGCUGUCUCGUCUGCCAACUUCCGUGCGGAUAAUGCCGAGAUGCUCGGUCUUGUUGGGCAUCACCGUGGGUCGAUCAUUUCCGUGACGGACAAAGAGGAGCAAGAUAGGGUUGUGAAGGAGAUUCGGUCGUCUAUCUCGGCGGAGGAUCCCUCUGGCUCGUUGGAGGCUUUGCGGAAGGAGGCUGCGGCGAAGACCCAACCGAAUGAGACUAUUGAGGAGAGUCCUAUUGGGGAGGAUAUCGAGGCUACUAAGGCGGAGGCCGAGGUUAAGGAGAAGGAAGAGAAGAAGGCUACCGAGAGCAAGAAGGAUACUGCGACCGAGACUAAGGACAAGGAUGCCACCGAGCCCGAGGUGAAGAGUAAUACCAAGCUCAAAGACCAGGACGCAAAGGGCGAGACCGAGGCUACUAUUGUCCCUGCGAACCCCGCGGCGGAGAGCACGGAAGCUACGUCAGCGAUCGAGUGA